AUGCCUUCCAAGGCAGCUUCCGAGAGUCCCUCGGUCUCGCUUUCGUUCGCAAACAACUUCUGGGGCAAAGAUGACGCUGGCGUCGGGCCUCUCCUGGAGCGCAUGCACAAUGCGAAAAUCACGAGCGACGAGUUGAAGGCCUUCUACACAGCCCGUGCACAAGUCGAGGAGGAAUACGCGAAAAGGCUCCUCGCACUGGCCCGGAAGCCUCUGGGCUCAGUGGAGGGUGGCACACUGCGGAUGUCGCUGGACGUCGUUCGCGGUGAGGUCGAGAGCAUGGGCAAAGCACAUCAGCUCAUCGCCGGCCAGAUGAAGAGCGAAUUGGAAGAACCGUUGGCCGCCUUCACCGGCGGUAUCAAAGAGCGCCGCAAAAUCGUCCAGAACGGAAUCGAAAAGUUGCUCAAGAUGAAGAACCAGCAGACCUUUUCCGUCAACAAGACGAGGGAUCGCUUCGAACAGGACUGUCUCAAGAUCAAAGGAUACCUUGCCCAGGGACACAUGGUCAUGGGCCAGGAGGAGAGGAAGAACAAGGCCAAGCUGGAAAAGACCCAGAUCCAAAUGUCCAGCAACAGCGGCGAAUACGAAUCCGCAGUCAAGAUCCUGGAGGAGACGACCGGUCGAUGGAACCGGGAGUGGAAGGCAGCCUGCGACAAAUUCCAAGACCUCGAGGAGGAACGGCUCGACUUCUUCAAGAGCAGCUUGUGGAGCUUCGCAAACAUCGCAUCGACGGUCUGCGUGAGCGAUGACCAGUCGUGCGAGAAGAUGCGUCUAUCUCUGGAGGACUGCGAGGUCGAAAAGGACAUCACCACCUUCAUCCAGGAGUGCGGCACCGGCCAGGAGAUUCCCGACCCGCCGAAAUACAUCAAUUUCUGCCGGGGCGAUUACGAUGACGCCAGCUCGACGCACGAAUCGGACGACGGCAACUACUCCGUCGCACAAUUCCAGCGCACCAUGAAUCCCACAUUCCGGACCUCCUCGCCUCAACCCAGCACAUAUGAGUCCCACCACGACCCCGAGAAUGGUCUCCGAGAAGAGCUCGGCAUGCCCAAGGCCCGAACCUCCUUGCAGGGCGACGGCGCAUUCACCGCCAUCGCACGUAGCUCUCAGGGCAGCGCCGCCGUCAACCCGCUGGCCUCUAGCCAGAAUUCAUUCUCACACAACGCUCCGCAAGUGCCGGUCGUACCGCACAACCCAUACCCUACUGAUGGCAUGACCCAAUUCUGUCGGACCGCUCCUCCUCCCGAGCGGAACUCUGUCCCAGCACCCGCCAGGCCCGAUAGCCGGGACGGACACAGCGACUACUCGGCUCCCAAUUCAUUUGAAGACCACACGGACGGAAACAUCUCACCGAUGAAGCUCAAUGGCUCGGAAUUGUCCGGUGUCUCAUCUCAUUACAACGGGUCCAAUGUCUCCAGUGUGGCGCCUCCCAAGCAGUACAACGGUUCGGACUUGUCCGCCGUCUCGUCCAACUACAACGACUCGGCCGUCUCGGGCAUGUCGGCUGCCGCCGAGGACCAGAACAUGAUGAAGAAGAAGGGCAACUUCUUCCAAUCUCACAGUCCCUUCCGGAGGAAGUCGACCAAGGAGAAGCAGGUGCCUCCGAUGCCAGCCCAGCAGAUCUCCCAGAGCGUAGCCACCACUCCGACUUCCAGGAACACCUGGACCCCAGCGACGGUCCGCAAGCCUGACAGCGCUGGCUCGAGCCCGACGAAGCCCUUCGGCAACGCACCCCGGUCGAGCCCCUGGAACAGACCGACCUCGAUGGAACCCGAGCCUGUCGAUCCGCGAGCGGAGUAUCAGCUCGGCAUCGGCGGCAACGUCUUCGACGUCGCAUCGCCCGAUUCGCGGAAGAAGGCGACACCUCAGAAAUCGGCCGACGCAGAGCACGAUCCGAUCGCGCAAGCCCUCGCCGAGCUGAAAGGGGUGGCGAAGCAGGCAUCCGUCCGACAAUCGGCGGACCGCCACUACGGCAUGUCGACCCCGGUCCCCGGCACGCCGGCCACGAGCGAGAGGAACCUCCCGGCCGGCGCGGUGCCCACCGCGUUCGCGAACAACAGUUUCCGGGACGCCCCUCCCCCUGCGUACGACACGCCCGUCAGCCGACUCGGCGCCCCCCAGCCGGCCCACACCAGCCGCGAGAUGCGCAAGACCACCGAGCAAUAUACGAACCAGAAGCGCGAGGUGUUCAACGCCAGCGCCGCCCGCCCGACGAGCAGCGUCGGACGACCGUCCCCUCAACUGCAGCAGAAGCCACAACACGAGCCUCCGCGCGCCGCGUCGCCGGCCCCGGCGCGAUCUGCCAGCCCGCGGCCCCUGAUCAACGCCGAACAGCGUCAACCGCAACCGCAACCGCCACCGAUGCAGCAGCAGCAGCAGCCCAUCUACCGGUCGACCUCGCCCAACCCCUACUCCGCCGCCGCCGCCGGGGCCCCUCGCCCGCGCGCCCAAUCCUCCGGCCCCGCGAAGCCCCAAGCCCCCUUCGCCGCCAGCAGCUAUUCCCGCGGCAACUCGCCCUCGUUCGCACCGGGCCCUCCGCGCGCGGCCUCGCCCAACCCCGCCUACGCGCCCGCCAACCCCGCCAACAACCACCCCCGCCCGCUCAGCAGCCGCGGCCCCGCCGAAGCGCCCAUGGGCGGCAGCCCCGGCGGCGGCGCACCGAUGGCGCUCCAGCUCGCCCCGGUGCCCAGCAGCGGCCCGGAGUCCUCCUCCUACGGCGGCCAGCACCAGCGCACCGGCCGCCCCCAGAGCCAGUACUACGCCCCGACCGAGCACCACCACAGCAGCGCCAACAACCAAGUCGGCGCGCCCCGCGCGCGCAGCCAGAGCGUCGCGGGCCAGCGCCAGGUCACCAAGGGCGGCAUCCCGAUCCUGCACUAUGCGCGGGCGAUGUACAUGUACCAAGCGGCCAUCCCGGAGGAGCUGUCCUUCGCCAAGGGCGACGUCCUCGCCGUCACCCGCCACCAGGACGACGGCUGGUGGGAGGCCGAGGUCGUCGGCAAGCCCUCGGCCCCCGGCCUGGUGCCCAGCAAUUACCUGAAGAGCUGCUAG